CGUAAGGCAUGCUGGACUAUCUGUGACGUCACGCUGUGUAUAUCCUUGCAUUCGAAUAUUGUGAGACGGGGUCGAGUUAAGAACUUCAAGGCUGCCCUAGUUUUUAUUUGUUUAUUUACUUGUUUUUAUGAUUUUCCCAGUGAGGAAGUAUGACGGAUUAAUUGUUGAAUGUUGUGAUCUAGCGGAAUAGCUGUUUAAAGUCCGCAACAUGUUGAAGUGCAUACCUUUAUUUCGUGCCUGUAAUCGGCAAGUUGAAUACAUAGAUCGACGACAUUUCGGACUGACAACCAUUCCAGACGAUGUUUUACGCUACGCCAGAAGUCUGGAAGAACUUUUACUCGAUUCCAACCAAAUCAGAGAUCUUCCAAGGGGAUUUUUUCGUCUCGUUCAGCUGAAGAAAAUUGGACUGAGCGACAAUGAAAUCGGCCGAAUUCCACCCGAUGUGGGAGUCUUCAUCAACCUUAUGGAGCUGGACGUCAGUAAGAAUGAAAUUGGUGAAAUUCCAGAAAAUAUCAAGUUUUGUAAAAAUUUACAGGUUUUGGAUUUUAGCAGUAAUCCUUUAACAAGACUACCAGAAGGAUUAACACAGUUGCGUAAUUUAACACACCUGGGUUUAAAUGACGUUUCUCUCACCAGAUUACCUUACGAUAUAUCAAGUUUAACAAGUUUAAUAUCAUUAGAAUUACGAGAGAAUGAGUUGAAGAAUUUACCAGCGUCUGUGUCGUCAUUGGUUAAAUUACGUAUAUUAGAUUUAGGUAGCAAUCAGAUUGAAGAACUUCCGUCAUCUAUUGGAGUUUUACCGAAUCUAGAAGAACUGUGGUUAGAUUGUAAUCAUUUAACAGAAUUACCUACCGAAUUGGGUAAUUUAAAGAAACUAACACAGCUUGAUGUGUCCGAAAAUUUAUUAGAUCGUUUACCAGAGGAAGUGUCAGGAUUAACCAGUCUCACAGAUCUUUCUCUAUCACAGAAUAACCUUGAAGCUUUACCGGAUGGAAUAGGAUUUUUAAAGAAGUUAUUAAUAUUAAAAGUAGAUCAGAAUCAAUUGACUUGUUUAACACCACAUAUUGGUAGUUGUGAAAGUUUACAAGAAUUAAUUCUAACUGAGAACUUUCUAACAGAUCUACCUAUAACUGUCGGCAAAUUAAAAAGUUUAACAAAUUUAAAUGUUGAUAGAAACAGAAUCACAGAAAUCCCCAUAGAGGUUGGUAAAUGUACAAAAUUAGGUGUUUUAUCUAUGAGAGAUAAUAGGUUACUACGGUUACCACAGGAACUAGGAAAUCUACAAAAACUACAUGUUUUAGAUGUCUCUGGUAAUAGAUUAGAAUAUUUGCCUAUCACAAUUGCUAAUUUAAACCUGAAAGCAUUAUGGUUAUCGGAAAAUCAAGCUCAACCCAUGUUGAAAUAUCAGACAGAUUUCGACGAGCGAACAGGACAGAAAGUUUUAACAUGUUUUCUCCUACCGCAACAAGGUUUCCACACCGAAUCUAUGGCUGGUAUAAUUUCAGAGAACUUAUUACGUGGCAGUGUAACAACAGAUCAAGAGAGCUGGACAGAACGAGUGGACCGACCACGAGACAGUGUUAUACGAUUUCUGGAAGAGGAUCAUGAGGCAGGUUCCGAUGAAGAUUCAGAUAGCCACUUUGUACGUCAUGGUACACCACAUCCACGGGAGUUAAAGGCUCGCCAUGGUAAAUAUCUGAAACAGAAGGGCAUUGAUGGUCAUGUGAUACCCCAUCAAGAUCGUAAACCGGGGGAUCAGGCAUUUAUACCAGCAAGAGAUCAUGACCCCAACAUCCAGAGAGCAGUUGAAGAAGAGGAACAUCGCGCUGUGAAACAAGUUGAUAAAAAAGUUACGAUGACUAUACAAGCUCCACAGAUUAUAAAAGCGCCUGAAUUGCAAGGUCCACCCCCACCAUCUGCCCAGUCGGAAUCUUCAUCAGAAGGGGAAGAGAUGCCGAAAGAAACAGAACCUCUGAUGAGAAACGUGACAAUAUCUUCAGCAUUUAAAACCAUGCCAUCAAAAGACGAUGGUGCUAAUGACGGUCUGCUGGAAACAGAGAAAGAACGAGAAGAAGUUACAACAGAUGAAGGAGAGUCUAGUGAAUCUGAAAGUGAAACUGAUAGCGAUGGCAGCACUGAUGUACCGAAGAAAAAGAAGAAAGAGAAGAGUAAUAAGGCUGUCGGUUUUACACCUGAGUUUGAAGAAGAACCAGAUAAAGAACAGAAAUUACGGCGUCGUGAUACACCACAUUAUCUUAAAAACAAACGUGUCAAUCUUAAUGCUAGUAAAGAGGAUGCAGAGCAGAAAGUAAGGGAAAUUCUGGCACAAGCUGCAGCACAUAAAGAUACAGCUGCUAUAUCUUCCAAUCUACAGCCACCAGAAGAUGAUACUAUAGCAGUGUUAACAUCAACCCAGAAUGUACCAGUUAAAAUACAAGAGGAAAAGGUAGAGAUGCAUAUCGUACGUCAACCAGGACAGGGAUUGGGUAUUAGUAUAGCGGGUGGUAAAAACUCUACACCUUAUAAAGGAGAUGAUGAGAGUAUAUUUAUAUCACGUGUAACAGAAGAUGGUCCAGCAGCUAAUGUUGGUAUUGUUAAAGGAGAUAAACUUAUUUCUGUAAAUGGUGUAAGUUUAGUAGAAGCAGAUCAUUAUGAAGCUGUAAAUGUAUUAAAGAAUUCUGGUAAUGAUAUAACUAUGGUGAUUGGUAGAGAAGUUGUAUUACCAGCUGAUAAAAUAGCACCAAUAGAAGACCACACCCAUACUAGCAUCGCUACAGUAUCAUUUGAAGAAGAUUCUACUACACAAGUGUACGGAGAGACAUUAACAGAAGUUGUCCUGCGUGAAAAAGGUGGUCUUGGUUUCAGUAUAGCUGGUGGAAGGGGAGCAACUCCAUUCCGUGGAAAUGAUAAUCAGUUUAUUUCUCUGUUAGAGGCUAUUUAUGUAUCAAGAAUAACCGAGAAUGGUCCAGCUCAUCGGCAGGGAAAACUAAUGGUUGGUGAUAGAAUUAUAUCGAUAAAUGGAGUAGAUAUGACAGAUGCUCGUCACGAUCAAGCUGUGGCGCUGUUAUCUGGAUCCGAACAACAGGUGGAGUUAGUAGUUUAUCGUGAAAAUCUUGUUACAAAGGAACAACAGGCCAACAUGUCGCCCAACGAAAAACUUCAAAAACCUCAUCCGAGGAUAGAUUGGAAUAAAGUAUCUCCGGGGACAGAGGGUGCCACAUUUACAGUCACUCAAUCACCAGCAUUGUCUACCGGUAGCCCGAACAGAAGUUUUGAAGCCACGCAAAAGCCGAGUCCAGGAUAUGCUCAUAUUAACCAAAAAGCACCCACGAUCCAAGCAUCACCUUCAGCGACUGUUACUGCCCCCUCCUUUUCUCCGAAAGUCAGUCCAAAAUCUCUCUCUUCUGAUUGGUCUACACCACCGUCUGCAAUCCAACCUCCGCGAUUUGUUUAUCCAGGAAAAUCGCCCACAAUUCAAGCUCCAGCAACAGUGACAUUUAGAGGCCCGUCAACAGUGGCGCCAUCAAUAAUGGAUAAUAAGGAAAACAUUUCUCCGAAAAUAUCUGUGAAUAACAAUUCAACAUAUAGUGUGAUUAAAAACAAUGUAUCUGUUAGUGAUUCUCCGCGAUUAACUAUUGGGGGGAGUAGUAGUGUGGGGGGAAGUGUUACAGGUGAUAAAGAAAUCAGUGCAGGGGAGAGAACUCUUGUUUUAGAAAGACAAACAAUGAAUUUAGUGAAUCGUGAUAGUAAUCAUAUUGUUUUACCGUCAUCUUUAGAAACUACAACAACAACAUCAUCCCCAUCAUCUUUGUCUACUUCAUCACAUGCACAAGAGGAGAUUAUUAUAAAUAAAGCUGGUGGACCGUUAGGAUUAAGUAUAGUAGGUGGUAGUGAUCACUCAAGUCACCCGUUUGGAGCGGAUGAACCCGGUAUUUUUGUUUCUAAGAUAGUUAAAGAUGGGGCAGCGUGUAAAACACAUUUAAAGAUAGGGGACAGAAUUUUAACUGUUAAUGGUAUGGAUGUUACAAGUGCUACACAUCAAGAAGCUGUGAUGGCUUUAAUCGCACCAACACAUCAAAUACGAUUAAAAGUUAGACAUGAUCCCCCACCACAGGGAUUAAAGGAAUUGGUUGUGAAUAAAUUACCGGGUGAAAAAUUAGGCAUGAGUAUAAAAGGUGGUAUAAAAAAUUACUCCGCGAAUCCCAUGGAUAAAAACGAUGAGGGUAUAUUUAUAUCUAGAAUAAAUGAAGAUGGUGCUGUUGCUAGAGAUAAUAGGUUAAUUAUAGGUCAGAGAAUAUUAGAGGUGAAUGGUCAGAGUCUGUUAGGAGCUACUCAUCAAGAGGCUGUGAGAGCGUUACGUAGUGUUGGAGAGAAAAUGAGUAUUAUGGUUUGUGAUGGCUUUGAUCCUACAGCUAGUACGUCAGAGUUAUCUUCUCCAGGAAGUCCCGUAGGCUUUUUUGCAUCCUCGCGACAGGGAUCAGUAUCGAGUAUAGAUCGUGAAGAUACAGAUACAGCCGUUGUGAAAAAAGAAGUUGAAAUGUUACAUGAAACGGCUCACUGGGAGAAAGAAGAUUUUGAUAAAUUGGAAAGAUUAAAGAAGGAACGUGAAGAAGCGGCUAAAAGACUUCCGUCAGAAUUAGUUGAUGAAGCUAAUGCUCAACGGGAAGUUUUACAGCGUGAACAUGCUCAAAUACGUGGCCCAGAAAGUCCUAAACAGACAGCUGUGAUUGAACAACAAGUGCCUGAAUUACCUACAUCUAAACCUCCUGUUCCUGCCAAACGAGGCCCUAAGCCUCCUGUACCACCAAAAAAGGUUGUGUUAGUUCCGCAAGUUUCCCUGGAAGAGGAGGUAGAUCCACGUCGACAAGCCAAACAUCCAGCGGGAAAAAACUUAUUAGCCAAGCAGAUAAAAAAAAUAGAAGAAAAGAAGCACGAACGGGAGGCUGUGAAUUUCACAGAUAAGAAGAAGUUCUUUGAACAGGAGAUAGAACAGCAGCACCAUACUACCACACAAAAAACCAGUAAGCUACUCAAUGGAUCUGAAUAGAUAUAAUAUUAUAUUCAAAUGUAAUAAAUCAUAUUUGUUAAACAUAUUUAAUAAUCGUUUUAGGCUCACAUAGCUACAUGUACACCAAGUGUUUCACUCGGAUGUUGUGGUCCACUCACGAAUGUUUCUGUCAAGUAAUAUUUGUUAAAAAUAUUUAAUAUCUCAGUUUUGACUCACCUACAUGUACGCGUAAUAUUUUUUAGAAAUAUUUAAUAAUAACUCGGUUAUAGGCUCACUUAAGCUAAAUGUACGCAAGAACCUCUGAAAAUACACAGGGCUCACAUUUGUUAAAUAAUUUGAUAUCUUGAUUGUAUACUUUUAUUUAAAAAACACUGAUGUUAUGGUCCAUAUAUUGUAUAUUUAAGGUACACAGCUAUUAGAUUCCAAUUUGUGCUAUUAAAGUCUAUAAAAUCUCAUUUUGCACCACUGAAAACAAUUGAAUACAGAUUACUGAGAAAAUCAAAUUUUACCAUAUAAAAUAAUAACAGUGCAAUAUAUUAUUUUUCUUUUUUAAAAAUCCCCAUAAAUUAUACAAUCCAAAGUUGUCUUACCUGGACACAUUUACUUCGGAUAGAGGAUAAUCAACUCAGAUUUUUAAACUCAUAUCAUGUGAUUAGUAUUAAUUUUUUAUCUUGAUACUUAAUACAUUUUUAUAAGAAAUGAAAGUAGAAAAGUGUAAUAACCAGUGGAGACGCAACAGUAAAGAUAGAGUCAGUACAUGUAUAUAGCCGUUUUGUUGAUGGGUGCAGAAAAUGUUAUAACUCAUAGGUCCUUCACAGAUUUGAUCCAGAAUUCAUCCAGGUCUUGGAAUGCCUGGAAAAUAAUCUUGCAUAAGGCUCACAAAUUCAAUCAUCUUCGAUUUGAUUCAAAACUAGAGUUGUAAGAACAUAAGUCAGUGGGAUUGUCACGAUAUUCACUUGAAAGGAAAAUCCUUAGUGGCUGUUUGAUGGAAAUAUGAAAAUAAAUCACAAAAUUUGUCUAUCGAGUAUCGGUACUUCUGGUUUUCUGCAAUCGGGUCAUAACUGAUUGUUAACUCCCGGCGAAAAAAAACCCCCACCGAACCAUGACUCGCGCAUGGCAUUCAUCACUAAUACUGGUAAUUGGAAAGUUAUAAAGACUGCUUUUCUAGUUAUCUAAGCCUGGAUGAAUUUUAUUAUAUAUUAAGUGAGGAGAAGAGUUAUUUAUAGUUAAAUAAUUAAAUCAGGUUUACUGUUGAAAUUGAUUGUAUAUAUACAGUAUGUAUAUUAUUAUAUAGUAUGUAAUUAAUGGAGAAAAUUUUUAUAGCUAAUUAUUAUUAUUUAAUUAUCGUUGUAUUCAUUAAAAACUCAACAUUUGUUAACAAUAUGGACAAAUUGUUUAUAUUGGUCAUAUCAAACAAGUUUUAGUUAUGGACACAUUAAACAGCUUUUUGGCUGUAAAUAUAAUGUCUAUUAAAGAUCACACUAAAAAAAACCUGUUACCACAUUCUAUGUGAAAACAAACAUCUUUUUUAAACUUUAAAAAAACCCUCUUCAGAACACUAAGUGAUGUAUCACUGUCAUCUUGGGGGGGGGGGGGUUUGUUUUUUUUACUUGUUACCAAAAACUGACAUGUAUAUUACUCAACAGUCAACACCCUGGACCCAUUUACUAUUUUUCCUAUUGUUAACAAAUAUUUAUGUUUUAAUGGACAGCAACACUGGAAUCUUUUCUAUGUUUUUAUCCGCUGGUCAAAUGUUUUUCUUUUUUUUAAAUCCUUCAUUUAAAUGGCUUUCUGUGUUUUUCUUGUUACAUUCAAAGUCUGGUUUUUCUGUGUUUUCUCUUGGAUUGAAAAUUGUGCUCCAGAUCCCAUCACUCACAUUCAGGAAAUUUAAAUUUUUAAAAAAAUGUCAUUUAAUACCCAAAAUUAUUGUUAAUGAUUAUUGGAAAUUAUUGUUUCAACAAUGAAGAUUUUACACAUCUUGGAAUGUAUUUUAAAAUGAAAUUUUUAAAAUAUGGGAAUCGUAAAUUUGUUAUUUAAAUUUAAAUUUGCCACAAAUUUGUUACAAUUAAAUGCAUUACCGGUAUUUAUAGUAAUCUGAUUGAGUAAGUGCAUAAGAUUUCGGAGCAUGUAAAAACCAGAUUAAUGAUUUUAACUAUGCAAUUCUGUUACUGUGUGAAAGUAAUGUAGGCUAUCAUUUUAUUAUACGUCCACAUUCAUAAUGUGAACGUAUUAUGCCGUCGCCCCUGUCUGUGUGUGUGUGUGUGUGUAUGUAUGUAUGUGUGUGUGUGUGUGUGUGUGUGUGUGUGUGUGUGUGUCUGUGGUUCGCCUACAGGGCGCAAUUCUUCAUGGAUUUUCUUCAAACUUGGUAUACUUAUUCCUUAUACCCCAAGGAAGAUCCCUAUUGUUUUUGGUGCAUGCCCGACCCCCCGGGGCAGAGCCACGCCCAUUUCUAGUAUUUGUUUGUUUGUCGUCUACAGGCCACAUUUCUUAACUAAUAAUCUUGAAACUUUGCAUACACAUUCUUUGUACCCUAAGGAACAUCCCUAUCGUUUGGGGUGCAUGCCCAACCCCCAGGGGCAGAGCCACGCCCAUUUUCUUUUCGUGUGUCUUUGUGUCGCCUACAGGGCGCAAUUCUUACUGGAUUUUCUUCAAACUUGGUAUACUUAUUCCUUAUACCCUAAGGAAGAUCCCUAUUGUUUUUGGUGCAUGCCCGACCCCCAGGGGCAGAGCCACGCCCAUUUCUAGUAUUUGUUUGUUUGUCGUCUACAGGCCACAUUUCUUAACUUAUAAUCUUGCAUACACAUUCUUUGUACCCUAAGGAACAUCCCUAUCGUUUGGGGUACAUGCCCAACCCCCAGGGGCAGAGCCACGCCCAUUUCCCAUUUUCUUUUCGUGUGUCUUUGUGUCGCCUACAGGGCGCAAUUCUUACUGGAUUUUCUUCAAACUUGGUAUACUUAUUCCUUAUACCCCAAGGAAGAUCCCUAUUGUUUUUGGUGCAUGCCCGACCCCCAGGGGCAGAGCCACGCCCAUUUCUAGUAUUUGUUUGUUUGUCGUCUACAGGCCACAUUUCUUAACUUAUAAUCUUGCAUACACAUUCUUUGUACCCUAAGGAACAUCCCUAUCGUUUGGGGUACAUGCCCAACCCCCAGGGGCAGAGCCACACUUUAUAUACUUAUUCUUUGUACCCUAAGGAACAUUUAUUAAUAAGUUAUACUCUAAGGACAGGAACUAUUGAUGUUGAUGCACGACCCUCAACGCUAAACAAACCAAAAGCCUAGCCUUCUUGACAAAGUACCUUGUCAAUCAAAGCAGAAUUGGAAUGUGGACGUAUAUUGUAGCGUUAGCGUUAUGUUUGAGAAAACCACGCAAUAGAUUCUUUUUAAGCUUAAAAUAGUUUUUUGUUUUCUUUUUUUAAAAGUGUUUUUGGGGAUAUUUUUUGUUGUUGGUUGUCAAUUUAUAGAUUAGACUUGUUUGCUCCAGCCCAAAUUGUCUCUACUGUAACUAUCUGUUGGCUAGAUACAAGGAUGAAGCUGAAACGUUGAUGUGUGUUAUAGCAGCGAUUGGCCUCGGUAGGAUUUAUCAUGCAGAAUUAUUAUUUAAACUGACAAAGCUAGCAUUGAAUCUUGCAAACACAAUGUGAAUGUGAAUUUCCUCUUAACCCAUUACAUGGCAUACUGACAAUUGAGGCUUUUUGAUCCAGAAUGCUGCAGGUAGAGCAGAGAUAAUUUGUGCUGGAGUGAUCAAGAAAAGUUAGAUAUAUUCAAGUCUUAUAGCUGAUUGGAAAAAGUGGUGAAUUGUGUUGCUUAGAAAACUUUACAAAAUCAACAAACAUUUUGUAUUUUGGUGAACAAAAUGAUUGUCUUUUCUAGUACAGUUUGGUUUAUUUAGAAAACUUGAAUUUAUCUUAUCUGAGGUAUUUUCAAGGCAUUACACUUCCUAUAAAAUUAAAGAUACAUCAAUCCAUUAUUGUAAAAUCAGCUGCAAGACAUACACCCUUGGUGGAGGCUCAGUUUUCAGUCAGACUGGGUAGGGACUUUUACAUCUUAAAGAUACAUUAUGGGAGAUUACAUAAAGAGCUGGCAUUUCUCACUAUAAUAGUUAAAAACUAGAUAGUUUCAGUCAAAUUGAUCCGUUCUGAACCGAGAAUUUAGCAAUUGAAUUUUAGACCUAGCAUCGAUCAUCAUUACUAAAGUCGGUACUAGACAAAAAAAAUCAACAAUAGUCUCGAUUAUCCAUUUUUUUUAUUUAAUCAUCAAUGAGCGUUGAGCAGCAGAUCGGAUUCAAAUCCAGUAGAUAUUGCAGGCUAGCAAUGACAUCAAGAGUUGAUUAUGGUCUGGAUAAGUUAAUUUAUGUCUACUUAAUAAUUUAGAUAGCAUUUCAGGCCUAAAGAAAGAACUGCAAUAGGCAGAUUUAGCUCUUGCAUAAUGUAUGUUUAAAUCAUAUAAAAAUCCUUCACAGAAUAACAAUACUAUUGUUGUAAGCUUCUCUAUAGAAAUGUAGUACAAAAAAACUACAAUGCCGCUGUUUCAACUAAAAGCUGCCCGGGUUAUAUUCUGCACUGGCUUUUUGCCGCUGCACACUGCCACUGCAACAUAUUGUACACCUGUAUGAAAGCCCUCAAAUAAAGUGGACUCAUCAGAAAUAGCAAAGUUUAAUAGGGGGUGGUGUUGUAACUAUGGCUAAGGAUGAAUAGAUGGUAUCCAUGGAACCAAAGGGAGUGGGAAACGUUAAACUGUAAUUUAAAUAAGACUAAUAGGGAGGAAGAGAAGCUACAGAUGUAAUAUCUAAUUGAAGGGGGAUUGGAUAUCCUUGAAAAUAUAGUUUAUCCAUGUUAGUCACCAUUGCAACUGUCAAGAUGGUUGUUUUGGGUUUACUAGAAAUCAAAUCGGAACAGGAAAAAAAUGUGAAUGUUGAUGUUGUGUAAUCAUUGUGGAAAUAUCUUUCUUUUCUUUUUUUCAAACCACAAAUUGUUGGUUUUCAAGAAUAUUGGUAGUUUAGUAUGUGUAUUCAAAAGUAAUUUCUCUUUAUCUUU